AGGGAAUUGGGGGCGGAGAUUGGCUCCCCAAGGCCUUAGAAGGCCUCUACCCAUGAUCCUCUCCUCUUCACCAUCUUUCCUUCUUUCCGGCAGCCGUAGCCAUGAAGGUCGAGCUGUGCAGUUUCAGUGGGUACAAGAUCUACCCCGGACACGGGAGGCGCUACGCCAGGACCGACGGGAAGGUUUUCCAAUUUCUUAAUGCAAAAUGUGAGUCGGCAUUCCUUUCCAAGAGGAAUCCUCGACAGAUAAACUGGACUGUUCUCUAUAGAAGAAAGCACAAAAAAGGACAGUCGGAAGAAAUUCAAAAGAAAAGAACCCGCCGAGCAGUCAAAUUCCAGAGGGCCAUCACUGGUGCGUCUCUUGCUGAUAUAAUGGCCAAGAGAAAUCAGAAACCUGAAGUUAGGAAGGCUCAGCGAGAACAAGCUAUCAGGGCUGCCAAGGAAGCAAAAAAGGCUAAGCAAGCAUCUAAAAAGACAGCAAUGGCUGCUGCUAAGGCUCCCACAAAGGCAGCACCUAAGCAAAAGAUUGUGAAGCCUGUGAAGGUUUCUGCUCCCCGAGUUGGUGGAAAACGCUAAGUUGGCAGAUGAAAAUGUUAAAUAAAGAUCUGACUAUAACUAGAUUGUGGCAGAAUUUUGUAAAAGAGUUCCUUUCUCUGGAGUAAGACCUCCCUAAUGUAAGCCUCUUAGUUGGAGAGAUGUUAAGCAAAAUGAUGUCAACAAGCUCUGUAUGGUUAAAUGCAAGCUUUGCUUAUCUGAGAUGUAAGGGCAUGUUACACAGACUACACUGUCUUAACUUUUUGGUUAUAGCUGUAAGUACUAGGGUGCCAUGUAGAUUUAGUCUAGGUUGAUUGCUAAAGAGGCACUUUUCCCUAUAACUUGUGUCCGCAGAAAGUAAACCUUUUUAAUGAAUUAUUUUCUUAAGUUAUCCUUUUCCUUCAGUAGACACAUUUAUAUUAUAUUGGAUUUGCCUUUGUUCGCUGGUAUCUCAAUCUCUUAUUAGCUAAUAGCUGAGUUAUAAGUGCUUAAAACUAUCAGCUAUAUUAAUCUGCUCUUGAUUUCAGAUUAAGUUGACGUGAAGAGCACAACUUCUUGAGUAGAAUGUACUUAAAAAUUCCCAAAGCAGUUUGUUGAACUUGGCGUUUGGCAGCGCUGUAGUUGAAAUUGUAAACAUGUCUGAGUCGCCUGCUGAUGUUCAAGAGGCAUAUAUAUAUAUAAUGUGAUACGGAAAAUAGUAGUCAUAAUUUGUUAAAAAUAGGCUUGGCUUCUACAGAAAGUAGGUCAUUGCUACAU